AUGGAAAAAGUCUGUAAACUGAGAAAAGUAAUAAUAGGAAUUGGUGGGAGGACAACCGGAGGAAAGACCACUCUGAGUAAAAGCCUUCAGGAGCUUCUGUGUAAUAGCUGUGUUAUUUCUCAAGACAGCUUUUUCAAGGAUGACUCAGUGGUCCCUACUGAUAUCAAUGGCUUUAAGCAGUAUGACACCCAAUCCAUCAAUGAUCUACCCGUGCUUCACUCUGUGCACGUAACAGCCUCUUUGGGGCUUCUCCACACCGUAACUCCCACGGAUGUGGGAAAGUCAGUGAAGCUGGACUCAUCACGAUUCGUUUGGUCUGAUCGUGCUCUGACAGCGGCAGUGAUGUCUCGCGCAUAUACUUCAAUGAGAGCGAGACAUCACUGCCGUAAUAGCUUGUUCAACAAGAAGUACUUCCUGCAGAUCCCUUAUGAGACAUGCAAAGAGAGAAGAAGCUCAAGAGUCUAUGUGCCUCCAGAUCCACCAGGCUACUUUGAUGGGUAUGUUUGGCCCAUGUACCUGAAAAACAGAAAAGCGACAGAAGAAGCUGUAAAUGACAUAGUGUUUCUGGAUGGCACACAGAAGAGAGAGACGUUGCUCUCAACAGUUCUUGCAGACAUUCAGGAAAUGCUUAUGGUUACACAGAGAUUAGUUAUUACAUCGCGAGGACCAACAAGCUGACUGUUUCAGGAAGUGUACUAUGAAUACAUUGUGUUUAUCAGAGCAUUCAUCAAUGUCUUAUUUCUCUUUCUCAUUAAAGUGCAUUUUGCCACAAACUGUGACUGUCAUACAACAAUCACAUUCAUUAAGCAAAACAUGGUCAGGUCAAAGUGUCUAAAUUUUUGGUUCCAAAUUUUUACACUAGUAAAAUAUAUCAAAAAUAUAAAAAAUGUCUAAAUUAUUUUUGGUUUGACUGUACAUCAUACACCUGUUAUAUUGCCAAAUCUACCCCAUUUUUAGCCUAUUAGCCUAUUUUUUUCCCCUGCAUGUCAUGUGCGGGGCUCCGUCCUUAUGGAUUUGCCCGUGGUUUGUCUUAAAGCAUAUUAAAAACACAAACACCAUUAAACUUGAUUUUCACCACAGGGGGACUUUAAUAAAGACAUAAAGAUAAUCCAGUUGAAUCUAUUCAUUUAAUUCAAGUCUUCUAAAGACACAAUCGUGCUAUAUAUGAUGAAUAGAUAUAAUUUAUUCACAAUAAACAAUGCACAUGCAUAGAGAGCAUCAAACAUGGUAUACGGAAGCUCACCCAUGCUUGUUUGAUUUGCUAGAACAAACCUCACUGGUCAACUUCAUGCAAGUGCGUUUGAGCUUCCAAGGUUUGUGAGCCAGUCUUUUGUAGGGUCUGUGGCCUUCUUGUUGGGAUGAAGGUUCUUUGAAAGAUCCAAAACAACCCAAAGCGCUAUUGUACAGUCCAGAUGACAAGUGCUUGACAAGGAUGUGCUGUUAAGUUGACCCUGAUUUGAAUCUGUGGUGGCCUAUACGUGAACUUGAAUCUCUUUGAUGAUUAAUGUUUUGCUUCCUGUCCUGCUGCUUUAUAGUGACUGCAUAACUGUUAGCUGAAGUCAGAUAACAUAAAUGCAUAAGGCCUCAGAACUGUUGUAACUCUGAUGUCUGCUGAUAUUAAAGGUACUUUAUGUAACUUUUUUUGUUCAAAAUUAUCAAAAUUUAAACAAUGACUGAAUACAUCACCAAUCCUUCUUGAUUCUCUCUAUGGUAAGCCUAUUAUAAGCAUUUAUAUUUUAGACCAUACGGGAUGGUUUUUAUGGGAAAUUGCAUACAUAUGUCACUCGCCUGUAUGUGUCUCCUCAUAUCCGUAGAGAAAAGUUGCUCCAGCUACAUUGACGCUUGUGAUUUUGUUUUUAAAAAUAUUUUGAACGUGACAGAGCUCGUAAUAAAACAAUCUGGCUUGGUUUUUUGGAGAUGGCAAGAACAGGGAUUUGAAAUCUUGUAAAACAGAUGCUGUUUUUUUUUUUUUUUUGUUAGGUGAGUUAGGUAUUUUAUUGAACUAGGGUGACCAGAUGUCCCGAAAAACUUGGGACAGUCCCGAAAUCGUACUCGGUUACUAACGUAACCUCGGUUCCCUGAGAUACGGAACGAGUACUGCGUAUGGGGGAAAGGUCUCCUUUUUCCCCGUUACUGAAGCCUUUUUCAAUAACGCAGUGUAACUGCAUCAUCAUUGUUUCACUCAUAGACAACUUGUUGAACCAAUGACGG